UGCAGACAUUGUAGAGCCUCUGAUCGUUGCAGGCUCACGCCCAUCAUGCCUUCGAGCAGCAGCAGCAGACCGCGAGCAUCCAUGCCAGCGUUCGCACAGCCCGAAGCGCGGGAAGAGCAACAAAAGGAGAACCAUCGUCCUCAUGGCUCAGGGACGAGCAAGAAACGCGCCAAAUCGCUUGGAGGAGGUCCAUCGCCCAACAAAGCUGCACGCAAGAGCAUCCCUGGGCGGUCAAUCCUUAAGCCGCGUCCGUCGAGCAAUACUGGGCAAUAUGACGAAGAUCUCACGUCAAGCUACAAUCCGCGCAUGUUCAGCAAGUCAAGCAAUGUCAUCUCGUAUGCCGAGAUGCAGCGCCAGGCAGAUCAAGAGCGACUGCAACGCAAUGCACAGCUUGCAGUCGCCAAUGCGCAACAGGCAAAGGGGAUGUCACUCGCGCGUCGGGUCAGCUUUGCUGCCAAUGCAGACAUCAGGACGAUAGAAGCAAAUAGUGACAUGUCCCUCGCUUCCACCGCGUCCGUCGCGUCACCGCCCCACACACAGAGCGCAUCUGCAGCGCCAAUUUCACGUGAUGCAGAGAGCGAGAGCGAGGCGAGCAUGGACAUAUCGAACGGCUCUGAUCUUCCGGCAUUGAACGCGCGGCUCAACGCACGCAGACCGAGCGAGAUCUACUCUUCUGCCAGCGCCACUGCGACACCAAGCAGAAAGUAUCAGAUACCAGAGAACCUGCGCCCGACUGCCGCGCCGUAUGUCAGCGCGAUACCGCCUCGCCCAACCUUCGGGUCUGCGAAUGUCUUCGCCCUUGAUACCAGCAUAGACAUGUCUAUGGCUUCUGCCGAAGGAAAUCUCAUGGACGAAUCGAUGAUAAUGCCAGAUGAGAACAUGACGGCAGCUUUCGAUGCGACGACGCACAAUCGUGCAACGCGGCUGACCACCUCCACUCCGACUGCCAAUGUACUCAACCGACUGGCGCAAAGCCAGGCGCCUGCUCCUAGUCCUGGCGAUCAGGAACAGGACAUGUCAUUGGCUACUGCUACAGACGACACUUCCGUCUCCCACAACAGUGCUACGAGCGGUGAAGUCAGCAUGGAUCUUGCAGACGACCAUCAGACGGCCGCAUUUGACUACCACAUGCGCAACCGUCUCGGGACUGACUAUCAGGCCCCCAUCGCUGAUGUCAGCACGAGCACGGCCGGACGGUCCUCUCGUCAUAGCCAGAUCAACGUUGCAGUGCAUGAAGAUAGCGAUCGCACUGUCGAAAUGAGUAUGUCAUCUUCCCAUGCUCCUUCGCCACUGCCAUCUGCUCAAAAUCGAGGCGCUGCGAGCUUGGCCUUCUUGGAUGAUGCGGACGAAACACAAGCUUAUGCCGAUCUGUCCGAUGCUGAGUCGACAGCCGACAUGGAGCUCACAACAGCCUACGGAAGGAUCCGCAAUCGCGAAUCGCUCCUGCCACGGCCGGCGCGUCCUUCCCUUGCAAUCGGUGCGCGGCCUACCUCAACAGAGGUACAGCAUCGGAUAUUUCAGCAGCAUCAAGCGCGCGCCUCCCUUGCAAGUUCACCUCGUCGCACCAUUCAAAAGACCGGUAUCACUCCUCUUCCUUCUCCGCGACGCGUUGCUUCGCCUCUCAAGACGUACGUAUAAGCAUAUGGUCAUGAAGCUGGGCGAACAACUCAAGGAGAAUCGCGCGGCG